CAACUAUAAUUUAUUAGUAAUUAUUAAUAAAUAAUUACUCUACAUUCUACCUAUUCGCUUCGUUACUAUAGCCAAUUCUUCUGAGUUUUGUUUUGUGAUUUUUGAGACGUGUCUAUUUUGUACAUCCAACUACAGCUAAUACAAUUGUUUUGCGAUGGCUGGAUCUGCUCUAAGACGACUUAUGGCUGAAUAUAAACAGCUGACAUUGAAUCCUCCCGAAGGAAUCAUUGCCGGACCAACCACUGAAGAAAAUUACUUUGAGUGGGAAGCUUUAAUAACAGGACCAGAAGGGACAUGUUUUGAAGGUGGUGUUUUUCCAGCUAAACUUAUAUUUCCAUCUGACUAUCCAUUGAGUCCACCAAAAAUGAGUUUUACUUGUGAUAUGUUUCAUCCAAACAUUUAUUCUGAUGGGCGUGUAUGCAUUUCAAUUCUUCAUGCACCUGGGGAUGACCCUAUGGGUUACGAAUCCAGUAAUGAAAGAUGGAGCCCUGUACAGAGUGUCGAAAAAAUUCUUUUAUCUGUUAUUAGUAUGCUUGCCGAGCCAAAUGACGAGAGUGGUGCAAAUGUUGAUGCUGCUAAAAUGUGGCGCGAAGAUCGCGAAGGAUUUAAUAAAGUAGCUGAAACUUUGGUCAGGAAAACUUUAGGGAUUCCAACAAGUAAAUAAGGUCAGGUAGGUAAAAUAAUUUAAUCGAAACUUUUGGCUAGCAAUGAGCAAUGAUAUUUGAAUAACCACAUGUAUAUACACUAUUAAGUUAAAUUUUGAAAUAUAAGUUAUGUAUUUUAUAUUUUAUACAUAUUUAUGUGUUAAUCAAUACUGGAUUUUUAUUUUAAAUUUGGUUCAGUCUUUGAAUGUUUAAGUAUAGUGACAACGGAAUAAAUAAAAUCACUUGCAGUUUAUGAAA